UUGGAUCACGAAAUCUGACUUGUCUCCUCCAUUAACCAUCCUCGCCAGAUUAACUUCCCAUCUUUCUCUCUUUGUUCUAAAGAUGCAAGCUUUAUACAUAUUCGUCGUCUCUCUUCUUCUCACCCUCAGUUACAGGGGAGAAGCCACUGGUUCUGUUUUCUUCGUUGAUGGAUCCAACAACCAAUACCUUCGUCCACCUUCAGACCAGGCGCUUCCCAUGUCUCUCUCUGAAGUAUCUGCAGCAGUAUCUGCCUUGUUGGGUUUUUCUCCUCCAGCUACUUUGACACCUGAUGGCUCCUUCAAGCUGAACAAGAUUCUAAAACCUAAUCCAUUUGAGAGGCCUCGUGCUGCUUUUGUGCUAGAAAUCGCUGGAGCUGAUGAUGCGCUUGUGGAAACCUUACCUAGUCAUUCUUUCUUGGGCAAUGCUGUGAGAGGCAGUAUCAGUUCUGAUUCUGACAACGCUGCUAUUGAACUUCCAGAAAGUGGAGUGGCUGUUAUGUCUGCCAAUGGACCCUCAUCUGAUGUGACUGACAAAGACAUGAAUGAGUUUGCAUCUUGGUUGGGUGGAUCAUAUGUGGCUGGCUCUGCUGAACCGUUGACUGGAUUGCUUAGUAUCCCUCUGUCUGGUGGGGCAAACGUGGACUUCCAUUUGGAAAAGGAAGCAGCGAGGAAAUUUGCAUCGAACCUUUUGGCUCUAUAUAAGAAUAUAAGAGGGGUAGUCAAUCUACGUGAGGAUUUAUCUCAUGCUGAGUUAACGGUUGGACGGUUUGGCGGUAUCGAUGCUUUAGCACAGGAGUAUGGACAAGGUAUGGCUAAGCAAGGGAUGGAUGUACUGCUUGCCACACUGUCAAAGCUAUUCAAUCUGUUGGAGACAUCUCACAAAGGCCAAAUUGUUGGAGUGAUCGUCCUUGAUGAGAGAGUGAAUCAAGAAUCAGCCUAUUUGCUGACCGUUGGGUCUUCUUCUGGUUCAUCUGCAAGGUCGAUGGCUGAGGUAGAGGGAGUUCCAAGUGGAGCCAUUAUCGCUCAAGUUAUACUUGUUAGGCUGACGCUUGCAUGGUUAACUGGAAUAAUCCUUCUCAUUGCAACUAUCCUUGGGGUGUAUUUCCUUAUGUACAUGCCUUUGACGAAGGACACGCUCCUAUAUUCAAACGUUAAGCUUGAUUAAGACACAAAUUAGAGCUUCAAAACGUCAACUGGACACCGAUGAAUCUUCAGGUUGAUCGGUUACAUCUUUUUGUGUGUAUUAAGCAAGUAUUAUUUGAAUGUUUUAAGAGAAGGAUGAUACUUGUGGCCAGACCAAUGGAUGUGUUUAUGUGUAUAUUGCCAUAAGGUUGCAUUCUCGAUUUAUAAUUUAUUUUCUUCUUACAUAUAUGUGAGUCUCGAGUCCUAAUAACAAUAAAGAAAGAUUUGAACACUUCAUCUAA